GCCGGCUAGCCCGUCAUGAAUAUAGCUCCCAGGACUCUGCCGUAACUGUGGGCGAAUGUUGAUAUUUAAGGGUAAAACUAAAGUUACCAGCUAAAAACACGUAACCUAACCUACUUUAUAGGCCGUUCCCUUUAUCGUCGCGUCAGACUCGUUGCGCGUUCAUGUAGCAGCGCGCAUAGUUAAGCGGAGCAGCAGCGCGUGAAGUGCAGCUACCGGAGCUGCGGCAGGUAGAUCAGGGACAGACGAGCGGCGGGUUCAAAGCUCACAAACUCCAAGUAGAAACGCUUCCACUGAGCUCAAGUUGACUGUUUGUGACUCGUUUUUUUUUCACGGACUGUUUAUUUUCCCUCCACGUUGAGCCGUUCUUUGUUACUUCAGAGGAGAAAGAAGGAGCAGUUAGGAGUCCUCUGCCAUGGAAAAUUUGUCCCCAAGUUGUUGUUGAUGCCGCCGCACUUGUUUGGCUGUCAUUCAGGACCUCCUGUAUGUGGCAACAGCUCGACACACGGGGAAGUUCUACGGAGAACAUCGUGACCUGCCGUCGAUCAGUCUUUACAUGCCGCAUGAAAUCCUAACAGCAACAUGCAAGAGCAUGUUUUUGUCUACAAGUCUGGGCAAAUUAAAUUAACUGAGUAAUGCUCACAGCUUACGGUCAGCCAUGCAGCAAUUCCCAUAUUUGUACUUAAAGCUUUUGCAGUUCUUCUGCAUAAAUUAAACAAUCUGCACACUUAAUUUGGCCGAAAAGACCAAGAAAAGAAAGAUUUGCCCUACUGUGUGUGCUGCUUGUUUGCUGUGUGAGAGAUUGUUCUCUAAGGAGAGUUUGAAGUUGUUUAUUAGGACUAUAGACUGAUUGCACACAUUGCAGAUGUGUCUCAUGCAACCAGCAACUGGUUUAUCAUCUUCUUGACCAUAUGGCAAGCAGUAUGUUGAAACACCAGCCUUCCCCAUCCCACUUCUGUCUAUUUAUGGUGCAAUAGAUUAGUUUAAUAUGCCUCCUGUGUAAUGGCCACACUGCCUGGCUGCAGGGUUGAUUAGCUGGACAAUAUUAGCGUAGAUGAUUAGCGCAAUGUUUUUUUUCUUCCACUUUCAGACAAAGACCAGUGACAGUUUCAGCGUGCAAUUGUGCAUGUGUUAUAGGUGUAGCUGCAGCUGUCUUUGUUGGUCACAUGAAAUAAUGUUUGUGAUUUAUCAAUGGAGACAGGAUGUUUACGUUAAUGUGCUGGUGUGCAAAUGUGCAUGUGUUUUGAAUGUUUAGGCCCACUUCCCUGUAUUUGUCUGUCUAAUGUUCACCUGCUGAAAUACUGGACUUUAGCAUGUUUUCGUGUGAACGUCCAUUGUAGAUUUGUGUAUCCUCCUAACUGCUCAGCUGGCGGUGUGUGUUUGCAAAUUAGGAGGUGGCAUGGGGGCCAGUGAUGGAGGAGCGGCAGGCAUGAAUCAUUGAUUAGGGUGGCCAGGGACGAACGGUGGAGAUCAAAGAUGGGAAAGUAAUUAGAGCUGAAUUGUUCCCCACUCGCUCUGCUGAACUCUAGAUCUCCCUCCUCUGUUCAUUACAUCUCCUGCUCUGUGUAAAUUACCCAGAUAGAGUGUCUCUGAGUACAGUGUCAUUCUUUAUGUGCCCUUAUCUGCCAGUCAUCUACCCUUUUUAGAAUAGAUUCCCUGGAGGGCAACAUCUGUGAGGCUGACCAGACAGACGCAGAGUAAUUGCCACAGCUAUAGAAAGCAGAUUACAGCGUUUUGUGGGUGUGUUGGUUUGUAUAGAUUGACAAUUUUGUCAGUCAUGUCACAUUUCUAUGAUUCAAAUUUAUCAGAUGUGAACAUUUUCAGAUAUUUUUUUAAACAUUUUCAUAGCACAGUGAUUUGCCAAUCUUGAUUUCAUCCAUGGCAGAGGCUAAAGCUCAACACAUCACCUUGAAUGCCAGUCAUUUUAAAUUAUUUAUUCAUCUGUUUUUUGAACAUUUGAUUAAAUAUGUGGUCAAUCAGAUCACCCCAGGAACAACAUGUGUUUAGAUAAUUGAAAUCAGCAUUAUUUUGAUUUUUUUUUUUUUGCAACAUGUAGGCAGGGAAAAAGGGGGCUACACGAGAGUGACAUGCAGGAUUAUCUCCAUUUAAUAACAAACAUUGCCAACUCCCAAAGGAAAUAUCUGGCUCUAUGGCUGCUAAAUGCUCAACCAUAUUAACCACCCAGACACUAUCUCUGUCUGCCUGUCAUUUGGUGCUUGGCAGCUGUUAUAUAGUGAGUGUAUCUGAGUUUUUCUGUGCAAACCGCUUCCUGCUGCUACUGCUGCAGACAUUGAGUGGAAUUGCUGCGUUCUGGUUGUUUUGUUGCUACUAAUAAUCCCUUUACAUUAUACAUAGUACUUUAAUAUACUGUUGGUUUAGAACAUCUUUGAAUGCAGCUUUAUGGUUUGUAAGUAUGUACGUUUCUGUCCAUUUGCUGUCUGUCUGCAUCUGAAUUAAAGAGCAUAUUAGCCACACUCAAGUAAUUAUUUUCAUUGCUGCACCUCUUAGUAUACCCCUUUUCAUGACAUUUUUGCCUUUUCGGCAUAGCCUUUAAGAUAUGACUUUAAAAACUGUUUCUAUAAAUAUGCAUGUGUCUAAAGCACUAUCUAAACUACAUCAAUACUCUGAAAAAUCUAAGCCUAACCCCUAUCCAAGCUGAAAUGGGUUGCUGAUGACCUGGUGGAUGUUAACAGGUUCAUUAGUCCUGAUGGUCCCAAAUCCACCUGUUCAAAAAAAAAAUCAUUCAUUAAUCAUGUGGUAUUUAAUUUACAACCCUGUUAAGUUCAGCUGUUAAUCUCCCAUAUUUAUCCAGAGUUGCAGUCACAUUCUUGCAGUCAUGGUUUAUAAAUAAUCUUGCAUCGCACUCAGCUCUCCCUUUUGGCUGACCUCAGAGCAGAGAGCAUGCAGCGGUGUGUUUCUCUUGUCAUGUGAUGAGAUGUAAACAGACUGCAGUGACGGAGAGUACCCCUGUCAUUGGCUGGUAACAUUACUCCUUUGGGCUGGACUGCGGGUGUGUGCCUCUCAACGCAAUGUCUUUUGCUGUUAUUUAUAGCAUGUGUCUUGCAGGGGAAUUAGCUCAAAUGGUAGAGCGCUCGCUUAGCAUGCGAGAGGUAGCGGGAUCGAUGCCCGCAUUCUCCAAUAAGCUUUUUGACUUCGGAAGCCUCCAGUUGGCACUUUGAGGGCAAGAGAAUUUCUGCAGACUGUUGGAGACAGAAUGUGAAGAUGCAACAUUCUUUCAGCUCCCUCCCUACUGAAACCCUCAUCUCGAAAACCUUCCCUUUGGACUUGUUCUCUACCAGCAUACACCCGACAGACCCAUACGCAGCAGACAGCUUCAUCCCCAGUAACAUCAGCAACAGUAGCGGUGUCGUUUCCCUUCGCUGCACCUAUAAGGAAGACUUUAAGCGGAUUUUACUCCCUGCUGUGUAUACCAUUGUCUUUCUGCUCGGCCUUCCUCUCAACGCUGCUGUCAUACUGAAGAUAUGGGGGACGAGGCCCAAUCUGUCCAAAAACAACAUCUACAUGCUCAACUUGGCCAUAGCUGACUUUCUGUAUGUGAUGUCUCUUCCUUUGCUCAUCUACAACUAUGGCAGUCAUGACUACUGGCCCUUUGGGGAGUUUGCCUGUAAACUGGUCCGGUUUCAGUUCUACAGCAAUCUGCACGGCAGCAUCUUGUUUCUCACCUGCAUCAGUGUGCAGCGCUAUGUGGGCAUUUGCCAUCCUUUCGCGGUGUGGCACAAGCAGGGCGGUCGCAGGAUGGCGUGGUGUAUCUGUGGAGCUGUGUGGCUGGUGGUCGCCGCCCUGUGUGCUCCAACUUUCCACUUUGCUGCAACAGGAAUCCAGCGCAACCGCACAGUGUGCUAUGAUUUAAGUACGCCAGAGCGCUCCGUAGACUACUAUCCUUACGGCAUGGCUCUGACGUUCCUCGGCUUCUUGUUGCCUUUUAUUGGCGUGAUGGUGUGUUACUGCCGGAUGGCCCACAUCCUCUGCCGGCCAGUGUCCUACCAGGGUGUCUCCAUGGCGACAGGGGAGAAACGGGACAAGGCGGUGAGGAUGAUCAUUGUUGUGGCGGUGGUGUUCUGCAUCAGCUUCCUACCGUUUCACCUCACCAAGACCAUGUACCUGGUGGUGCGCACCAGUGCCCGGUGUGAGACUAAAAACUUGUUUUCAAUCAUCUAUAAGAGCACCAGGCCGUUCGCCAGCAUGAACAGCUUUCUGGACCCUAUUUUGUUUUACUUCACUCAGCCACGCUACCGCAGGAGCACCAAGAAGUUUGUGCUCAAAGUCACCAGCCUCAGAGAAAAAGGUACCAGUGUGUGAGACACCAGUAAAUCAGUUACUGGUACAAUCUCUCUUAAAGCCUUGUUACUGCACCAGUGGUGUAACUUUGGAUGAUGUGUUGGUUUUUGAGAUUUUUAACAGGUGCCCUCAUUAUACUUCUGUUGCUGACACUGUUGUUAUUUAGACUUCUACCAAUCACUUACUGUGUUCCUUCUGAAUAGGCUCUAAAAAUGGUGUAUUUCAAAUCCCUCUGAAAUGUAACCUAAAGGUUGAAAUCUUGUAAUAUAAGUGGUAAACUUUAAAGGCCGCCUGCUUGCAUCAUCUUGAAUUCAGGCAUUUGGACACCUCUUGUUGAGAUUCCUGAUUCUCUGUUGACUUUAUUUCACUAUUACUGUAGCUGAGGUAUACUGUAAACUCUUAUCAUACUGUCAGCAGACAUGGUUUUUAAAAUCCUGUACCUGUGAAAUGUUCACUGUCAGUCUCCUCUGUGCACUGGACUGUUAAAAAAAAAAAAAAAAGAUAUUGUUUUUUUAUUGAACCUGUGUGAACCACCUUUUUGGUAAAUGAGCUUUUCCUAGUUUUGUUUCACACUGAAGUGUACAGUAAAACAGAAUUACUCUGUAUUAUUUUAUUAUAGACAUGAUUAUAGAUGUGUGACAUGAAGUGGAGAUGUACAGUAAAAGUUGAAAAAGAGAAGGAAAGAACAAGUAAUAUAAUUUUUAGGAUAAAAUCCACAGGCACUAAGCCACAAAAAAUGCUCAAAGCAUUUUAUAUGUUGUUGCAGUUUUUAUGAUUGCAUGCUAGAACUGCAUGAAGUACUUGUGUGUGGAAAUGAACUGGUAAUGGAGGGGAUACAUGCCUCACAAACACAGUUGCAAAGACAUGGCAGUUGCAGAAGCAGAGAGCCAGAUUGAAAAGGAAAAAUGUACGAGUAUUUUUAUACAAGUGGAGAGUUGUAUUUUCAAAUGAAGGUUUCUGUUUUGUUUCUGUUUUUUUACUCAACAUUGCAUUAUCCAAGCUGAAAGUGUUGUUGUGGCAUGUUUGUACCACUGGGUGGUGUGUGCACCCCACUGCUUUAAUCACUAUGCACUUCUAUGCUGCCUCUGUAAAAAUAGUAUAGUUAUUAUUAUUGUUGAGUACUGCUUGGAUCUAUAGUCAAAGAAAAAUCAGUAGUUAAAAACUGUUAAAUAUCCUGUGCACAGCAUGCUAGAACCACUCUUUUCUCCACAUGUUGUUAAAGUUCUCUAGCAAUCAAAGCUAAUCCAUUUAAAUGUUGGUACCAACAUGAAUAUACUUUGAAAAAAAUCCUACAUUAGAUUGCUGAAAGGGAAUAACAAUGCAACUGAUUACUUUAGAGCAGGGUCUCUAUUAAGUCUGUCUCGUUCUCCAUUUAGUGCGAAUGUUCUAACAAUUUAAUGGAAGUCUGGUGUUAUAGCAAUGAGCAGAAAAAGAAGAAAUACUUGGGAAUAGAAAUAUGUUCUACCCAAAGUACAUAAAUUCUGUUUUGUCCUUUUUCAAUACAAUGCAGUCUAAAUCUGCACAGUCAAUACGAUGGAGGAAAUUUGUAACUUAAUACUUUGUCCUGCCAUUUCUUCUUGAAUUCUACCAAGUAACUGAGUUACUGAUUUUAUGAUUUAGUAAUUUAUAAUGUUCAUGAAAUGAACAUGAAUGCAGAUUGCAUUUGAAAUGGGCAUUUAGAUGUAUAGUAAUGUGUUGUCUGUUGUAAUAGAUUUUUUUCAGACAAGCUGUAAACGGCAAACUGUGGAAUUAUUUUUUUCUUUUUCCUUAUAUGUUGAUGGUCAAUGUUGCUUUUUUUUCAAAUUUUCUUGAAAUUUCUGUCUUUUUAGUGUAGAAACUGUGAAUCUGUGCCUGAUGAUGAACUCUUGCUUGAUGGAAAGAUGCCAGUUGUGCCAACUAAAGUAAUCCAGCGUCAAUAAAUCCACAACUUCCAAUUUAGCCUUAAGCUCAGGAUGCCACGUGAACCUCCGAUUUGACAGUGUCAUCAAAAUUUAACUGAAAUUAGUAAACUAAAACUAUUUCUGAUAUAUUCCCAACAGAUUUUGGAUCACUUAAAGGCCAGUUUAACAGAGCUCAACUACCUAAACACACUAGUCAGAGUUUUGCAUCUAUGAGGUUGUUGUAAAUAUCAGUUUAAUGUGAACAUGUAAUUUGCAUGUAUUUUAAUUGCAAGGAAGACCACAGUAUGAGGUCUUGUGCUUAAAAAUGCUCAGAGCUUCUUGAUGUAUGUACACUGGUAAAAAGUGAAUAUCCAGUAAUGUAAUAAUACACUGUAUGUUGUGCUCCUGGCCUCAGCAGAAAGAAACAAAACUGCAGUGUCUUGUUGUUCAUGUGUCUGAUUGGUAAAACGCUUGUGAUUUAUUUUUUCCACAGCUGUGUGAAAUGUGUGUGUAGUCAGUUAAGCAAGAGCCAGAUGUCUGUGUACUGUGCCAGCAUAUUUGUGUCAGUCAGUAUUAUUUAGAUGAAUUCUUAUUUUUGUAAAGUACUAUAACACAGAUUAAUAUCUAGAUUAACAUUUUAUUUUUGUAUUUACAUAUAUUGAAUCAUGUCAUUUUUUAAAACCACGCAGCUUCUCUUAGUUUCAUGUGAAAGUGUUUUGACUCUUGUAAAACUAACUGAAAACGUACAUUAAAAAAGUCAUGCAAACAACAGAACUUUGGGAUGAAUAUUGAUGGG